CAAUAAAUCAAUUCACGGUUCCAGGAAGAAGGUACAGUAUCAGUAACAGAAACAAAUAGGGCGUAGGCUUAGCUGAGCAUUUUAACACUGGCGAAUUUCAUUAUGGCAGACUGUGGUAAGUGUACUAAACAAUGUCAUGAAGAAGAGGUUAAAAAUAGUUUAUUUAACUUGCUGAAAAACGAAGACAGUGACAAUUUCAAACGAGUGUUUUCCUCUGCCUCAGUCAAGUCAAACACACAGCAGCAGAGUCUGGCGAACUCUACAGACGACAGUGGUAACAGUCUGCUGUUGCUGGCUGUAGGGAUAAAUCAACUAGAGUUGUGUCGUUUUUUGUUGAUAAACGGUGCCUCCCCUAAUGUAGGUAAUCAAGAAUGGCAAGUAUAUCCAUUACAUUAUGCUGCAGCACCUGAAGUUGAUGUGGCAAUAGUGGAACUGCUAAUAGAACAUGGAGCUAACCCAAAUGUAAUAAAUAAAGUAUUUGAAACUCCUCUUCAUGAUGUAUGUGAAUAUUAUCAGCCGGAGAAAACAAAGAUUUUGUUGGCAGCUGAAUCGGAUGUGAAUGCUUUAGAUCAUUUAGAAAACACAGCACUUCACAAAGCUACAAAGACAGUUGUUAGAGAAGGUAGUCAUGUAACUUUAAAACCUGGAGAUAUUUGUGAAUGUGUCGCAAUAGUUAAACUAUUGGUCGAAGCCGGUGCUGACGUUAAUGCAAAAGGAAGAGAUGACGUCACUGCUUUACACAAUUCAGCUCUUAAUUGUUGUGCUCGAGCAGUAGCUUAUCUGCUGGAUAAUGGUGCAUUUGUGAACACAGUAGACUCGCAUGGUGAAACACCACUCAACCAUUUAUUUUUACAAAUUCAUAUGCAUGCAAAUUUGUUCAGAGAUAAAGCAAUUCCCAGGGAUUUUAUUGAUAUUACUGAAACUGAAAAAGCUCUUGUUAUACUGUUAGACAAAGGGGGUAAUAUCAAUCAUGUGAAUACAUUUGGGGCCAGUGUGUUACAUAAAGUGUGUAACACCACAACGGAAAUUGUCGACCUGAUCAUUAAAUAUGGUGCGGAUUUAAGCAUGAAAGAUAACUUGGGAAGAACAGCACUUCAUACAUGCAUAAUGAACAGUCUCACUUCUUCAGAGGAACAGCUUACUCAAAUGCUACAGAUAUGUAAAUUGCUGAUCAAACAUGGAAUCUCUGUUGAUGAAAUGGACAUAAAUGGUUCCACACCUUUACACUAUGCCAUAAACGUGCCUUCAUAUCAUAUGAUGAAAAUGCUGAUUGAAGAGGGUGCUAGUGUGAAUGCACCAAAUAAAAGUGGAACUAUACCUAUCCACAUUGCCAUGACAUGGAAUGUUGAAGAUAUGAGUUUGCUUGACUUGCUACAUAAAAGUGGAGCAGAUAUUGAAGCGACCGACAUUAAUGGAUCUACUGUAGCCCACUAUGCCGCUUGGUAUACAGCCGGAGGAUAUCCUUUCUGUCUAGAAUUUCUGCGAAACUUGGUUGACCUUAAGGUAAAAGACAUGCAAGGAAAUACUGCUGUUAGUCUUGCAAAAUUUAUUGGUAACCAUCAGUUUGUUGAGCUGUUGGAAUGUGAUAAUGAGAGUACAGAUGAUAGUAGUAGUGAGGGACAGCCUUCCGAAAUGAACGAGGAAGUUGAGAAGAGCAAUGGAAGUGAUCAAGAGAAUACUUCACUUGAAGAGGAUGAAGCUGAUGACAGCGACAUAGAUAUUGAUAUAUUCACACCAAUAAAAGAGGAGGAAAUUCCACAAUUCAUUGAACAGUUUAAAUUGUAUAGUGGAAAUACUCUCAAUCGUGUCAUAGAAACCCCAUAUUUUGAUAAAAUUGCAUGUUCAAGAGAAGCCCACUAUAUCCAGAAUUCCAUAGAUGAACUUGUCAGACAGAUUUUGAAGAAAAUAGCAGAUAUUGAUCCUAGAUUUGAAGCCUCAGCAGUUUUGUCUGGAAGUGUGAGUGAAGGCACUAAGACAUCUCUUCCUGAUGAAUUUGACUAUAUCUGCUGUCUACACAAGUUUGAUAGCAUCACCACUGUUGAUGAAACAGAUCCAAACAAACCAGCCUGUUUUGCAUCCCUCGUCAUGAAUACUCAAAAUUCUAGCAGCCAACACUCAGUAUUUGCUGAAUUUUUCGACGAUUCAUUUUUACAACAGAACCGUGUGUCGAGCUGUUUUUAUCAGCUUAUAAGAAAAGUGAUUCCAUGUAAUGAUAUCUGGUCAAGUUUUCCACGAAUCCUAUUAUAUGAUGAACCAAAAGUGGAAAAGGGUAGAAUACAUUGCUUGUCUGUGAAGUGGACGGGAUGGCUCAUCAAAGACAUGGUGAUAUCGAUUGAUUUUGUUCCCACUAUUCCGAAAAGAAACUGGUGGCCAUCACAAAUUAAAAAGUCCAGAUUAACAACAGACAAACAUGUCUCAUCUCUUGGAUGCUUGCUAAUAACUAAAUCUGACAAAUCAGAAAAGUUUCAGUUUGUGCCUGCCCACAAGAUGACACAAUUUCUGCGUGUUUCAUUUUCUGAAGUAGAGACGUUCCUAAUCAGAAAGCAGAGCGACCAAGUAAAGCAAGGAUACAAGCUCGCCAAAAAUAUGAUCGACCUGGUUCCUCCGCUACGAAUUAGCGAUGACGAUGAACAUAAGGAUCUGAAACGUUCAGCGAGUGAACUGAUAUCAAGUUACAUGCUGAAAACCUGCCUCUUAUAUCAUCUUGACAGUGACAUGAGUGGCGAUGAUAGAGAGAAACUAACCAGUGAUGUAACAGACGGAGAACAAAUUAGAGCAUGGGCAUUUGCCAUUUUUAAGCAGUUGGAAAAGUUUUUGACAGAUAAAAUAGGCACAGUUCCAUCAUUCUUUGUUCCAGAAUAUAAUCUCAUAUCACUGGAAGACUUUUCUUCUCAUGGAAUGAACGACCGUAAACGUCUUCAGUUUUGCAAGAUGAUCAUAGCAAUAUUGGAUCCAAAACAAACAAUGGACAAAAUAUAAAUUUAGGGCAAAUAGAAAAAUUUAUUAGAUUGAAACAUUUUUUUUUUUUGCCUCAUCAAUUAUUUCAACAGCAUAAAAAUAGCAAUCAAUUUUGUGACUUCAA